GACACACUGCUCUUACAUGCUAAAAUAGCUUCAUAGCACAUUGAUUCAUUCAUUGCCACCUCUACCUCAUACAUGUACAUGUAGCUGAAGAUUGGGAAUAUUACUUCUUGGUGACUACAGUGCAAUCACAGAUCAAGUCACAUCCUUUUCUCUUUCCUACUGAAACCCAUCUGUGAGUAACUCAACCCAUCUCAGGAUGUCAGCGAAAGCAAUCCGAGAAGCAGGAGGUAAAGCCCUUCUGGGAAGGCAUCUCAAAUCAGCAUCGGUCGCACCGUACCGUGGCGCCACGGUAACAGAGGAGGUUAACUGGGAUGAACUCGUCAAUGCAAACCCUUGGCUUCUGACAGAGCGUCUGGUUGUGAAGCCUGACCAGCUAAUCAAACGUCGUGGCAAACUUGGUCUCAUCAAAGUCAAUGCUGAUCUACAAGGUGUCAAAGACUGGCUUUCUACCAGACUAGGACAGAAUAUUGAGGUUGGAGCUGCUAACGGCAAACUGAAGAACUUCCUGAUCGAGCCGUUUGUUGCUCACAAACCAGAGGAUGAGUUCUAUGUCUGUAUCUACUGCCAGCGAGCCAGUGAUGUCAUUCUCUUCACACACGAGGGCGGUGUUGACGUCGGUGAUGUCGACGCCAAGGCUGUUAAGAUGGAGGUUGGCCUGCAAGAAGAGAUAACAGCUGAGGGAAUCAAGACUGCGCUUCUCUCCAAUGUAACUGCUGGGAAGAAGGAGAUGGUGGCUGGUUUUGUGUUAGACCUGUAUCAGCGGUUCCGUGACCUGUACUUCACAUACCUGGAGAUCAACCCACUGGUUGUGACUGAUAAGGUCUAUGUAUUGGACCUUGCUGCUAAGAUUGAUGCUACUGCCGAGUACCUGUGCAAGGUUCAAUGGGGAGACCUGGAAUUCCCUCCUCCAUUCGGAAGGGAAGCAUUCCCUGAGGAAGCAUACAUUGCAGACCUUGAUGCUAAGAGUGGUGCAUCCCUGAAGCUGACCAUCUUGAAUCCAGUCGGUCGUAUCUGGACUAUGGUGGCAGGAGGAGGUGCUUCAGUCAUCUACAGUGACACCAUAUGUGACCUUGGUGGAGCAGCAGAGCUAGCAAACUACGGUGAGUACUCUGGCGCCCCCAGUGAGGGUCAGACGUACGAGUACGCCAAGACGAUCCUCGGUCUGAUGACCAGAGAGCAGCACCCUGACGGCAAGGUGCUUAUCAUCGGAGGAGGGAUUGCUAACUUCACCAAUGUCGCAUCUACAUUCAAGGGCAUUGUGAAAGCUCUAAAGCAGUUCCGUGAGAAGCUGAUUGAGUUCAGGGUGUCUAUCUAUGUGAGACGAGGAGGGCCUAACUACCAAGAGGGUCUACGAGUCAUGAGAGAGCUGGGUGGAAACCUUGGUGUUCCCAUGUAUGUGUUUGGUACUGAGACUCACAUGACAGCCAUUGUAGGCAUGGCUCUAGGUAAGAGGGAAGUCCCUGAAACACCUCCUACAGACUCCACCACAGCCAGCUUCCUGCUCUCCGGAAGUGCGUUUUUACCCCAACCAGCAGAAACCCAGGGUGUACCUGCAGGGGCAAGCAAGAGUGCUCCAGAGCUUGGAGCUACCGCCAAAGCAUCACCAGUAGUUGCUCGUAAAGAGAAGUCUGCCUCUGAUACUGAUGGUGUCAAGGUCACUAGACCCCUCGCAGGAGUAAGUGGAGCGGGAGCUGCGUCUGGCUUCAGGACACUUUUCACUAACACCACCAAGUCGUUCAUCUUUGGAAUGCAGCCUAGAGCUGUUCAGGGUAUGUUGGACUUUGAUCACUCCUGCAGACGAGAUGAACCCUCCGUUGUUGGUAUGAUCUAUCCAUUCAGUGGUGACCACAAGCAGAAGUUUUACUGGGGUCACAAAGAGAUCUUGAUCCCAGUCUACAAGUCCAUGGCUAAAGCUAUGAAGACACACCCUGAUGUAGAUGUCGUCAUCAACUUUGCUUCUCUCAGAUCAGCGUACGAUAGCACUGUAGAGGUCUUGACAUAUCCUCAGAUCAAAACCAUAGCUAUCAUUGCUGAGGGUAUCCCUGAGAACAAGACUCGUAUCCUCAUAGACAUGGCCAACAAGAAGAGCGUCACUAUCAUCGGACCUGCUACGGUUGGAGGCAUCAAGCCUGGUUGCUUCAAGAUUGGUAACACCGGUGGAAUGUUGGAUAACAUCCUCUCCUCCAAGCUCUACCGUCCAGGCAGUGUGUCCUACGUUUCUAGAUCAGGAGGAAUGUCCAAUGAGCUCAACAACAUCAUCUCCAGGAAUGCGGAUGGUGUCUAUGAAGGUGUUGCCAUUGGAGGAGACAGAUACCCAGGAACAACCUUCCUUGAUCACAUCCUUCGUUACCAUGACGACCCAGAGGUUAAGAUGCUGGUCAUGUUGGGAGAGGUUGGUGGUACUGAGGAGUAUGAAGUAUGUUCAGCCAUUGAGUCAGGACGCAUCACAAAGCCCAUGGUAGCUUGGUGUAUCGGUACAUGCUCAACUAUGUUCACUUCAGAGGUUCAGUUUGGUCAUGCUGGAGCCUGUGCCAAUGGUGAGAGGGAGACGUCCAGUGCUAAGAACCAAGCUCUCAGGGUCGCUGGAGCGUAUGUACCAGGCAGCUUUGAUGACCUUGGAGACAAGAUUGCGGAGAUCUUCCAAGGUCUUGUAUCUCAAGGUGUUAUCACACCUAAGGAGGAACAACCACCACCAACCGUCCCUAUGGAUUACAACUGGGCUAGGGAGCUUGGUUUGAUCCGUAAACCUGCGUCCUUCAUGACUAGCAUCGUAGACGAGAGAGGAACAGAGCUGAUCUACGCUGGGAUGCCUAUCACCGAGAUCUUUGAGCAAAACAUUGGUAUGGGUGGUGUGCUUUCACUUCUAUGGUUCCAGAGAAGAUUACCACCCUACGCAACCAAGUUCAUUGAGAUGUGUUUGAUCGUAACAGCUGAUCAUGGUCCUGCUGUAUCAGGAGCUCAUAAUACCAUCGUCACUGCUAGGGCAGGCAAGGAUCUUGUCUCAUCACUCACAUCAGGUCUACUUACAAUCGGAGAUCGUUUUGGAGGUGCAUUGGAUGCUGCAGCCAAGCAGUUCAGUGAGGCAUACGAUACCAAUCUCAUUCCAAUGGAGUUCGUCAACAAGAUGCGUACCGACCACAAACUCAUCAUGGGAAUCGGACAUCGGGUCAAAUCGCUGAACAACCCUGACCAGAGGGUAGAGAUAUUGAGGGACUACGUAACGAAGAACUUCCCAGUCUGUCCGCUUCUUAACUACGCUCUGGAGGUGGAGAAGAUCACUACAGCUAAGAAACCCAACCUGAUCCUGAAUGUGGACGGUGUGAUCGGUGUGGCUAUGGUGGAUCUCUUCAGGAACUGCGGAGCAUUCACAGCUGAGGAAGCCAAUGAGUAUGUUGAGAUAGGAGUCCUGAAUGGUCUCUUUGUCCUUGGACGUAGCAUGGGCUUCAUUGGUCAUUAUCUGGAUCAGAAGCGACUGAAGCAAGGUCUCUACCGCCACCCAUGGGACGACAUCUCUUACGUACUCCCAGAGGCACACCCUACUGUCUGAGAGAGAGAGAGACCCACUGAGUUGAUGUCAUCCAAUGUCCUAGACCAAAGCUACAUGUAUGUCCCUUUGAUCAGCCCUACAUCCUUGAGUCUUUAGCCUUAUCAGUCUUACUACUAGCACCUACUGUUUAGGGGAGACUCACUGAGUCAAUGUCAUCCAAUGUCUAAGACCAAAGCUACAUGUAUGUCCCUUUAUUCAGUGUUGCAUCCACAAGAUGGUAGGUCCUACAAACUUCCAAAAUAGUUUUGUCUUGUAUGAAUGUACCAGAUAGUGGAGUCAGUCUUAUUUUUGUGUAAUAAGUUAUUA